AUGUUUACUGUUGGGUUGGAUGUAAAGACGGCUGUGUUUUUUAGUUCUAUAACUAUGAUUAUUGGAGUACCUACUGGUAUAAAGAUAAAGUGUUACAUGAUACUUGAUUUGUAG